AUGUGCUACGCGAACGUAAUUCUCCAUAUUUGCAGCAUCUGCAAUACUCGGGCCGCCAAGCCCUCUGGCAAACUUGAAAAAUGCCCCGCAGCUCCGGCUUCUGGGCCCCACUGCGGUGUUCUCCGUGACCCGACCCCUGAUCCGGACCCGGCCGACCCGGCGCUCAACCCCUCCGGGCUGGAAUUCGAAGCGCUGAAGGUCGCACCUGGGUAUACUCUCAUUGAUGCAAGCCAUCGGCGCCCCAAGCCGAAGCUUUACACUUGCGAGCUGUGUCUCGAUCAUCUCGGCCCCGAGGAGGCGAAAGCAAGGGCGCAGUGGUGGCGCAAGGAGCAAAGGUCUGUUUUGAAAGGGGGGAAAAGAGUCACUCCUGGUCCCUCGACAGCCGGCUGGGCUGACGUUCUUCGCAAGUAA